AUGGUCUUGACCGGAGACAUCAUUGCGCCGGAGAGCCCGGCCCUGCCUGCCCUCCCUGCCGACGAUUUCUGGGGCGAGACCGAGUGGGCUGUCUUCAAUGCCGUCCUGGACACCAUAGUCCCAGCUGUAGUGUCCAAGUCGGCACUGACCGAUAAGGAAGGCCAGCUAGCCAUUCCGGAUGGCGAGUACUCGGCCGUGUUGGCUAGGGCCGGGGCUACGACGCUCGAGUCACAAGAUGAGGUAUCUCUGAGGGCCUUCAUGGAGGACAAGGCCUCAACGCACCCUGCUGUGCGCGAAGUCUCACUCCGGAUAGCCGCCCGUCUAUCAGAUGUGCAGAAGGAUGGCCUGAAGCGCCUCCUCAAACUUUUGUCGUCCAGCGUCGGUGCGUUCCUCCUGACCGGCUCAUGUGCCCCCUUCCACCAGCAGCCCGCCCACGUGCGAGAGUCUAUUGUCCAGGCUUGGCACAACUCCUGGUUUCCCAGGAUGAGGAAUCUUGCCAGGAGUUUUGUGAGGAUAAGCCAGGUGAGCUGGCUGAUGUCGUCGCCCACGUUCCGCGAAGUUACCGGCUACCCUGACAUCCCGGUGAAUUGGAAGCCAGGCCUUGACUUUGGCUACAAAUUCCUCCAGUUCCUAGCCCCUGCGCCUGACUCUAACCAUGAGCCUGAGUCUGAGACCGCACCGGCCACCAUCGACACGGACGUCGUGAUCGUUGGCUCGGGCUGCGGUGGCGCAGUCGCCGCGAAGAUUCUCGCCGAAGCAGGCCAUCGGGUCGUCGUUGUCGACAAGGGCUACAACUUCCCCACCUCAAUGCUGCCACUUCCCGGCCCCGUCGCCAGCCGGUAUCUCUUUGACAAGAGCGUCACCCACUCCGUGGAUGGGUCCAUAGGCAUCGUCGCCGGGGCGACCUGGGGUGGCGGCGGGACGGUGAACUGGAGCGUGUCAUUGCGGACCCAGGACUUUGUGCGCAAGGAAUGGGCUGCCCGGGGGCUGGACUGGUUUGAAAGCAACGAGUACGACGAGUGCCUGGACCGCGUGUGCGAGCGCAUGGGCGUGGCGACGGACCCGGUGGUGCAGAGCCACCGCGGACAGGUGCUCCUCGACGGCAGCAGGAGACUGGGCUGGAAGGCCGGCGUGUGCCCACAGAACACCGGCGGAAAGGAGCACAGCUGUGGCCACUGUACCAUGGGCUGUGGCAGCGGAGAGAAGCAAGGCCCGACCCAAACAUUCCUUCCCGAUGCAGCCCGGGCCGGGGCCGAAUUUGUCGAGGGAUUUGCUGUCGACAAGGUGCUUUUCGACGAAGUUGAUGGAAACAAGAAUGCAACAGGUGUGCCCCCUACUCUUAAUGAAGAGCGGACUCACGGCGCCAUCAUCACAAGCUACUGCUCCCAAUUCGAGGACCUAGACGGCCACGGCCACGGCGUCAAGCUCGAGACCACCAACAUGACGCCCUACACGUGCCUCUCGGCCAUGCCCUGGCGCAGCGGCCUGGACUUCAAGCUGUCCGCCCUCCGCUACCGGCACUUCGGGGCCUUUAUCUCGGUCGCCCGCGACCGCGACCCAGGCAGGGUGCUCAUGGACCCGGCGACGGGCGGCCUGCAGAUUGACUACACCCCCUCGGCGUUCGACCGCGCGCACGCCGUCGAGGGCGACAUCGCCCUGUGCAAGAUCAUGUACGCCACGGGCGCGCGCGAGAUCAACCCCUUCAUCCACGGCGUCGAGCCGUACGUGCGCGACGACGCGGAGCUCCAGGCCGCCGCGGAGGGGGUGGCGGGCGCCGGCGGGGGCCUUUUCCAGAUCGACGACCCGAGAUUCUCGGCCUGGCUCGACAAGGCGAGGCGGCUGGGCAACGUCCUGGGCAACCCGCCGUGCUCGUCGGCGCACCAGAUGGGCACGUGCCGCAUGUCCGCCUCGGAGGAGGACGGGGUCGUCGACCCCUUUGGGAAGGUGUGGGCCACCGAGGGCUUGUAUGUGGCUGAUAGCAGCGUGUUCCCGUCGGCGAGCGGCGUCAACCCCAUGAUCACUGUGAUGGCAAUCGCCGACCGGAUUGCGAGGGCUGUGGACCGGGAUUUGACGGGAGAGAAAUAG